AUGAAUUCAACAGGAGUGACACCAAAUUACAUCCACGAUUAUGCCAUAGUUUGUUCAUUCUCUGCCAUAUUGAUUGUUAGUGCUGUAGUCAUAUCUAUUACAAUAUUAAUAUUAGUACGAAGAACAAAACCUCGUCUUCAUACAAUCAGACAUUUACUCAUGUGUAAUACAUGUGUUGCAUCGAUUCUUUAUUGUAUUGUACAAAUAAAUAAUUAUGUUUUUCUUUUCUUCGUACCUUCGGUGACAAGUAAUAUUUAUUGUCGAUGGCGUGCCUACUUUACUUAUUUUACUCUUUGUGCAGUCACUUAUUCAUUUCUUAUUCAAGCAAUAUCACGUCUUUUUAUUGCUGUUUUUUCAACAAAAUAUAAAUGUUUAGUUACAUUCAAAACACACUAUAUUCUUGUCAUCAUUCAAUGGUUUACUGUUACAAUCAUUCCGAUAUCAGUAGUAGUAACAAAAGAUGUUUAUUAUCGGCCUAUGAAAUUUUGUUGGGUACCUAUGAAAAAAAUAAUUCAUACCAGUUAUAUAUUGAUUGCUUGUUACAUAAUACCGACAUUAUCUAUUUGCAUAAUUUAUAUUUUCAUUUUUUAUCAUAUUAAACAAGCAAAAAAAGGAGCUAGACAUUUGUUGAGAGUACUACAUGGGGAAAGACGUGAUUUCCAACUUCUCCGUAAUAUAUUAAUACUCUUAAGUAUUUAUCUCAUGGGUGGAAUUCCACUUGUAUUAUAUGUGCUCAGUUCUAAUAGAAUACUGUAUUUAAUUGGUAUUGUUACAAUAUCAUUAACUGUCGCUGCUGAAAAAGUAUGCACAAUUCUUUUAGAUCAAGAACUUCGACAAAUUAUUAGGAAGUUAUUAAGUAGAAUGAAGCGCAUUGCACCUCUUGAUAAUACAAAUACAAGAGCAGGAUAUCAAGAAAAACUACCACAUCUUCAACGAGCCGUGACGCAACCUCAACCAAACACUCAAAAUACAUAA